CAGUGUUGUCUGGCUGGGGCCUCUCUGUCUGUCCAUCCGCCUACAUCCGCCUCCGAGUCAGUUCUACCCCUUGCUGAGAUGGGGCUGCCCUGGCUAGGGCUAUGGCUGAAGCGGCUAGGGAUCUUCUUGCAGGUAGCCGUGGAGGUGGCUGUGGGCAAGGUGCUAAUGAUACUGUUCCCGGAGAGAGUCAAGCGGAACAUCCUGGCCAUGGGCCAAAAGACCGGGAUGGCCAGGAAUCCCCGAUUCUCCCCCGACAACUGGGUCCCAACCUUCUUCAGCAUCCAGUACUUUUGGUUCGUCCUGAAGGUCCGGUGGCAGAGACUCGAGGACCGGGCUGAGUAUGGGGGGCUGGCCCCCAACUGCACGGUGGUCUGCCUCUCGGGACAAGAGUGCAACAUCUGGGAUUUCAUUCAAGGCAACAGGCCGCUGGUGCUGAAUUUUGGCAGCUGCACCUGACCUUCGUUUCUUCUGAAAUUUGACCAAUUCAAGAGACUCGUAGACGACUUUGCCUCCACGGCAGACUUCCUCAUCAUCUACAUCGAAGAAGCUCACGCGACAGAUGGCUGGGCUUUCAAGAACAACGUGGACAUCAGGCAACACCGGAACCUCCAGGACCGCCUGCGGGCCGCACACCGGCUGCUGGACAGGAGUCCCCAGUGCCCUGUGGUGGUGGACACAAUGCAGAACCAGAGCAGCCAGCUCUACGCAGCUCUACCCGAGAGGCUCUAUGUCAUACAGGAGGGCAGGAUCUGCUACAAGGUGGUGGCCUGGGAUCAGAGGUCUGGGAAAGGGCAUGGAGUUGGUGUCACGGGGGCACAAGAGGAUGUCAGCCCAGGGAGAGCUGUACUCCAUUACUUCUCACCAUGUAACCUGGGGUAAACCUGGCCCUUGGAACUACAAUCCGGAGGAAGUCCGCGCUGUCCUGGAAAAGCUUUGCCCUUCACCUGGACACAUGGCUCAGCUCUAGAGAACCAACCAGAGGGCUCCCCAAGCUUGGUGCUCCCUCUCCCCAGUCCAGAUGUCUUUUAUCUUUGACCUGUGUUCCCAGCUGAAUUACCAGCUCAGAUUUUUCUGAUCUACACAAAUAAAUCCCAGGGAGGCAAUGCAGGUCACGCACAAAAACCAGCACAAAUUGUUACAACCAGAAAAUAAAGCAAUACUGAGCUGUUAGCAAAAGUGAAUGGGCAGCUCCACACUGCUCCCACAGCAGAGACCAACCCGGUAUCCUGCGGGGCGGGCACUCAAGCCCCCUGGGAAGACUUCUGAAGUGUAGUGGCUCUCCUGAUGAUGUCAAGAGCUGUGGUACGGCAUCCUUUGCAUUCAGUCAAUCCAGCUGACCAAAUUUGCCACUCAUGGAAUCAGUCAUUUAAAAUGCUGAACAGUUUUUUUUUUUUUUGAGUACCAAGCACAGAACGUAUUUCUACUUGUUAAUGAGGGAUGAGGAAUUGAAGGCAGAGAAAGUGGGAACCAAAGACCACUUUUCUAGCCAAAAGAUUGAAAUCAGUUGGUAUUGUUAGUGAUAGGUGUUUCCAUAGCAACACAUAUCUAAUUCUACUUCUCUGGUUCUCUGGUGCUGACCUAAAAGCUUUAUAACUUUGACCAAACUGAAUCACAGGCACCAGCAAAAGCUGCCAUUCAGGCCCUGGUGAGACUCUGUUCCACUGACUCAUGUCUCUUAUUGGUCCUUCGUGUGAGAUGACGUCGGACUGAUGGGCAACCAUCGGUCCAUCUGUUGUGACUGCUUCUUUUCAUAUUUGCUUAUGAUGGUCACAGCGUAAAGUGCACACCGCUGUGACUUGAUUUUUUUAAAAAUGUCAAUAGAGGCAACAAGAUAACAAUUAAAAUCUGUCAGUCUAUUUCGAGCGGCA